AUCGACUCUUGAGCGUCAUCCAAUUACAUGCUCGUUACGCUGUCCACGCCUUUGACUCUUCCCAGGUCAAGUGAGUGAUCCAAGGCAUAUCAAUAUGAUACUCAGGACGACAUUGCGACCGGCUAGGCUCCUAGCCAGAUGCGCUACUCGCCGACACCUUUCCACCCGGCCAACGCCAACCUCGAAAUUCAGCGUCCUGCUUGAUUCUCCACAAGCGUCAAAGGACAAAGUACUGCUUGAGCUCGCAAAGCACGUCACUUCGGCACGCAACGCUGUCACGGGCACUGAAGAUUGCACUGCCAUUGUGGCAUCCCAAGACUACGCAGCAUGGUUGCAGGAUGAGAGCUUCAUGUCCUGCUUGCUCGGCCUCCUCUCAGUAUCGGAUGAAGGCAACGCAUUAUCUAGAAAGCUGGACGUCCUGACAGCCGUAUCUGAUGGUAUUGGAUCUCCCUAUGGACUCGAUGAUCCGCAGAAAGGCUUCUCUUUCCUGAGCGGGUCGAGGGACAUCCUGCCCUCGCUUUGGGACGCUGAAAGCUUCACGGGGUCCAGAGAGCCAAACCAGGCCGCCGCAUUAACAUUUCUCGGCAACCCUAUCGAGGGCCACAGCCGACCCCUCGAGAUCACUCUGCCUUUAGCCAACACAAUCUUCCAGAACGGGAGACGAUCGACCUUGUUCGCCAGUGAAUGGCACCGCGACGGCGAUGGGCCUAUGCGCCUCGGCAAACGCGAGUUCAAGCAGUCCCAGCGUAUAUUCACACACAACACCUCGAUGCACUCGACCGCCACCAUACCGCUGAUGCCCUUGGCUCCGCCGAGGAAGAUUGUGACUGGGCUGGGCAACAUUGUUCGGCAGGUUGAGAUCGAUGGCGCCCCUGCCCCGGCAUCGAAGGAGCUUGAGGCGCUGAUCCCGCAACUCUUCGAAACGCGAGGCGCUGCUGGCAUCUCGCCGCCGUCCGGACCGAUUGGUGUCUGGGCCUGGGUCAUUCCGCCGCACGUGGUAGAAGCAGAGGAGCUCAGUGAGGUAGCAUGCUUCAGCGGCGGCUCGAUCGCCAACGAGGCUGACGCUGCUCUUGAUAUGUCUACCAGAGCAGACAGAAUGCUUGCCGCUGGCUGCCGGCUGCACAGAAUCUUGAGCGGUGGUGGCGGCUGGGGAGCGAAACAGGGCCUUUUGUCUCUGGACCCGGAGACGUCAUACGCUCAGCCGGAGCAGAACGACAUUGACGCCUUCGUCAAGGCGUUCGAGGAGAGGAACAGCGCCGAGCCGUCUUCUGGCCUUGUCUCUCCUGGCUCGUACGUCUUGUUUUGCGUCGAGCCAUACCUCACCACGGAACAGAAGCGAAGCUUGAAGCUGCCUCCGAUCCUUUCGCUUGGGGUAUCGCCGCACGCUGAAGACACCCAGCACAGCCUGAGCGAGGGGCCUGGCAAGAUCCGGAUCCUUGACGGAUACAUGGGGAUCCAGUCCGCCGCCGGGCUGUUUGUGAAGGCGUUGCCGGAAGUGGAUGGAAGAGGAACUGGCAAGGCCGCUUCUCUCACAACCAGGAUUAAUGUGCCUAGAUCAUUUCUUGUGCCUGGCAUUGUUUAAGCAUCCUGGACUACAACCAUAAUAUCUGUUGUAGAAUAGAGUUGUACAUUACUGUUGAGGCCCUGUAUCAGCAUAGUCAGAGGUGAUCGCCCCG